AUGGCCGGGAUUGUGCAGGGCCGCGCAGGGCUCCCGUCACCGCCCGGAACCGGCCCCAAGCCCGGUGGGACCCGCGGAGUCCGGGGCCGCGACCCCCGCCCCACCGCCCGCCUCUGCCCCGCGGGGGGCCCCGGAACGCGACGGACCGCGCCCGCCCGCCCGCCAAUCACAGCCGCCGUCGCCCGCCCGCCAGCCAAUCACCGCGCAGGAGCCCGCUGCCUGCGCGCGGCGGCCGAACAGCCCCACCGGGAAACAGCGCUGCUCUGUGCUCUCGCUGAGCUCUGCAUUCCCUCAGACCCUGCAGAUUUUGGCAAACGGGUGUACCAAGGAGUGCGAGUGAAACACACGGUCAAGGAUCUCCUGGCUGAGAAGCGAUCCCGGCAGAGCAGCGGCUCCCGCUUCAGUGGCAGCACUAGCACGGCGCAGUCACCCUUUGGCCAAAUGCCAGGCUCUCCCACCACGGCUGGUUACUACGGCGUCCGCAGAUCCUUCCCAGCCGAGCUGGAUUUCCACAGCACCAAGCAGUUUGUCAGUGAUGUCUACUCCUCCCCUCUGGGCUCCAAGCCCUUCUCCUGCGACUCCUCUGCCCCCCAGGGCUACCCAGCACUCCUGGAGCCCUAUCUCAGCGAGCAGUUCGGGGAUCACCGUGCUCCUCCUCUCCCAGCUGGCACCAGCUCCUUCUUCAACCCUCCGGCCGUGCCCCCUCUGCUGCCAUCCUUCCCCAGUGACACGGGGCACAUCCUGCUCAGAGAGCCCUGGGAGCAGACCUCACCCGAGAGCCUCAGCCAGUGUGACAGUGCCUGCUCAGACCCUCUGCAGGCACUCCCUGCCAGCUCCAGCUGCCUCUCCCUGCCUGAAUCCGGAGGUGUUUCCCCGUUCCGAGGCUCAGGUUGGACCCCAGCCAUCCCUGGAGCCCAGCCCUACACUCUGCACCCCCUAGAAGAUGUCCACUACACCCCCAGCUAUGCUGCCAGCUCGCCCUACAGCUUGUCCCCGUUCACGGCCGUGGCCAGCGAACCCUCCAGGAUGAGCCACCAGUGCCUGGAGCAGCCCUCGGAGCCCCCACACCUUCCUGACCACUCUGCCUGGGCUAAAGAGGAUGGAAGUGCCCUCUGGGGGACUUACGAAGGCAGGAGAACUUACUGA